AUGGGUUCUUUCACCAGCUUUCUCCUCGUAUACUGCCUCGGCGGACUCACCUUCAUUCCACUGGUCCUGUCGUUAAUCCUACUUCAUGCCUAUCUGACCUUCCCCUCUCGUUCGCCCGCGGAUCAAACGCCGCCCACCAGCGAUCCCGCCCGCGAUCCUAUCCGCCGCCCCUCCGAUGACCAGUUCAGCCUGAAAUCCGGGACCGACGAACUCGCCGAGAAGUUCCAUCGUACACACGAGUCCGAUGUCGCGGCCGGCUAUUUCGCCGUCUGUCGCGAAUAUGUUCCCGGUGGAGUCAAUGGCAAGCCCCCGGAGAGAACCACGCCAGCCGGCGAGGUGAUCGCCGCCGAGAGUCCGAGCGUCUACCAGGCCAUGUACCGGAGUCUGUUCGAUCGCAAGCAAGCUCCGACGAUCGAGCCAUCCAAGAACGGCGCCAAAAAUAGCAAGAAAGCGCGGAACGUCUUUUACAUUGUUCUCCGACACGGUCAUUUGAUGUUAUACGACGAUGCGAAUCAGGUCGAAGUCCGAUAUGUCAUUUCCCUGGCACAUCAUGACGUGACCAUUCAUAGUGGAGGCGAAGGGGAGAUCCCGGAAGGGGAGCUAUGGCUCAAGAGAAACGCCAUCUGUCUGUCGCGGCGACUCGAUUCUCUUGCGGAUCUGGGAGGCCCGACCCCGCCUUUCUUUCUCUUUUCCGAAAACCUGUCCGAGAAGGAGGAUUUCUAUUUUGCCAUGCUGCAGAACCAGAGUCGCAUGUGGAAAUCGCCCGAUGCCCCACCAAAGCACCAGUCCUUCGAUGUCAAACACAUCAUCACCCUCGUUCAGCGCUUGCAUUCGUCGGAAGAGCAGUUGCAGACGCGCUGGAUCAACGCGGUCUUGGGUCGGCUGUUUCUGGCCCUGUACCGGACGCCGCAGAUGGAAGAGUUUAUUCGCCAGAAGAUUACCAAGAAGAUCUCCCGCGUCAAUAAACCGAACUUUAUCAGUCGGAUCGGUCUGCGAAAGAUUGACAUGGGUGAAGGUGCGCCGUUUAUCAUCAACCCCCGGUUGAAGGACCUGACCGUCGAUGGCAACUGUUGCGUCGAGACGGAUAUCCAGUAUGCGGGCAAUUUUCGGGUGGAAAUCUCGGCCACUGUGCGCAUCGAUCUGGGGCAACGGUUCAAGGCGAGAGAAGUGGACAUUGUUCUGGCCGUGGUCUUGAAAAAACUCGAGGGCCAUCUGUUGAUUCGCUUCAAGCCACCUCCUAGCAACCGCGCCUGGAUCUCCUUUGAGACCAUGCCGAACAUGGUGAUGGAUAUCGAACCGAUCGUCAGCUCGAAACAAAUUACGUACGGAGUUAUCCUUCGCGCGAUUGAGAGCCGGAUCCGUGAAGUAGUGGCGGAAACUCUGGUGCUUCCAUUCUGGGACGACAUACCCUUUCUCGACACGUUCCCGGACCGGUUCCGUGGUGGUAUCUGGGAGCAUGAUCAGCCGGAGCCCACUUCUUCAGAGAACAUUCCGGACGAGUCAGGAACUCAGCCGAAGCCUCAGGGUGCGAAGAUUGACUCCGCUGAUGGACUCAGGGCGAAUGAUGAGCGCACCCGGAGUGCGCCAGCCCUAGCGGAACCCUUGCCUACUGGCGUGAAGUCGCGAAAAGGCUCCAAGAGUACCCUCGGAGAGGUAGAACGAAACAAUUCCAGCGGCGUGUCAUCCGGUGUCGAGAAGUUUGGUAGCUCACCGCCGCGCGCCAUCCGGUCCAAAACUUUUGCCGACGUCGCUGACCCUGUCGUCACAGCAGAUAAUGUGAACAUUGACAAGGUUGUGUAUGAGCGGAAGAGCGAGGAGAAAAGCAGUGCGACGAGUGCGAUGAUUGAAAUUUCCAGUCGCUCUCCCCCCGGCUCUCCUAAUAAGACCCCUGGCGGUUCACCUCCAGUGGAAAGCCCAAUUACCUCCGAUGGUGCGUCUCGAAGUCGCGAGCCUUCCAUCACUGAAUCGAUCGAGAGCGUCGGGGAAUUUAGCAAUGGCCUUCCUACACGCCCGCCGUCGGUACAUCAAGCCAGUGACUCCUCUCUCCAUUACCGACUCAGCGGUACCAACAGUUCAAGUGCCUCUGUGAACACUACCGAUCGGCCUCGAAGACGCACCACAUUGGAAAACUUCACCCGGUCCAUCGCCUCCUCGUCCGAGUACAGCAACACCAAGUCCCAGGUUUCUCUGACACUCAAUUCGGCUACGUCCGCGGCGAAGAAAUGGAGCUGGAACGUAUUUGGGAAAGGAGACCAAAGCACUGGUUCGGAUUCGUCCCGUCCUGCAGGGACCCCCGAGGAGCCCAUCGGACGCGGUCAUCCGCUGCCUCCCCCCGGAACCCCGUUGCCGUACCCGGAGAAAUUCAAGAAGAAUUCUGGGCCCAGCGUGAGGCGAAAGCCUGUUCCUGCUUCCCGGCCGAACUCUUCGAGAUCUGAGGAGAAUAAACCUACUGGUACUAGGCAAUCAAUACCACGGAGAAAGCCGACUUCCAGCUCAGAGGAGUUAGAGGGACACCGGGAAGAGUUACUCGUGGUGGAGGCGCCCCUUGAUUCGGUGCCCAACAGCCCGGUCGUCGAUGUCGCUCCGCAUGAUGAUGUGCCAGCGUCAAGCUCAGGAUGCCCCGUCUCGCAUUUAUCGGAGACGAAUGGUAACCAGUCAAAUAAGAGUAGCAGCAGUGAGCGCGAUGAGAAGACCUAUGAUGAGGAACACAGGUCUCAAGGGUUUGAUUUGCCCAAACACGGUAUGGAGAUUUUGUCGGCGACUGACGGCAUUAUCCCAUGA